AGAAGAAGGACAUAACGCAUCAUGAUGUUCAUAUCCUCUAAAUCCAAUCCAUUCUGCUUCAAGUGCAGAGCAAGAGGACACUUGGGAAUGCAUUGUCCACAAUCAAGUACUGGUUCGAACGCAGGUUCGGGGGGGAGGCAACCACAACUAAAACAAUCAAUGUUAGUCGAGGCGGACAACAAGCCAGGGGGUUGGUACAUAAACUCAGCACAAUACAGAGGUUGGAUCUUCGACGACAAUCUGGAGAAGCCAAGAUGGAUAUGGGUCCUGAGCGGUACACCCACGCUGAAGCCAGACAUCUACCCACCUUACAAUAGCCGCUGGAGACUUGCAGGGGCAAAGCGUAUGGAGGACAAAGAUGUGGGCUACAUCCACAAACCGAUGAUAGACGAGGACACAAUUCUGGAUGACGAACAGCGUUUGCAGACCAUGGCCGAACUGCAUAAGCUGGGGCAAGAAGCUGAAAUGGCCUAUUUAGAGAACAAAAGAGCGAGGGAGGAGGCUGAGAAAUCAGCGGAGGGGGGCAAGGGGAGAGAGGAAGAAGAAGAAGUGGGGGGCAGCAAAACCUCGAGUCAAAGUGAGAGACUGCGCGGGGAGGGGACAGGAGAGACAAGGAUCAGCAAGGCAAGAGAGGAGGGGGAUUCGCAGGGGGCAUUCAAAAGGAAGAUGAGUGACAGAAAAACAUCUACGAGAGGUAUUGCGAGCCACGACACAAAAAGAUCUCAUACGGGCAAGAGGGAAGAUGAAGCUUCAGUGUCGCAGGGCCAAGUCCAUGGAUCGGGCACGAGAGAAGAGGGACAAGGGGAGGCUAAGGCACAGGGUGAGGGGAUGGACAUAAUUCCAUCGGAGGCAGAGGAUUCGUCAUCUUCUUCUUCGGACCAACACACACGCCCAGGCUCAUCAUCAGCAGGUAACAGCCCAUCAAGCAGAGCAAGGAUGGACAGCGGGGAAAACAUAAUGGCAGAUCCACCGAAGGACUCGAAAGGAGAUAUGGAUAGCGGGGAGGAUGUUAGAAUGUCACAGGACUCAGGAGAAGACACAGGAGAAGACACAGGAGAAGACACUGAAGGGGAGGAAUGGGAGGAUGCGAAGGAGGAGGAGUAACUGGAAACGCUAGCCCAGUGGAUCACAACGGUACACAAGCUGAAGUGGGAAAGACACGUCGAAUGUGAAGUACGUCUGGCGCGUCAUAAGCAUCUACGCAACCUGAAGCAGGCUACUUCAGCUGGGGAUGAUAUUACCUCAACAAACAGAUUUGAAUGGU